AUGUCUACAGCCGUUCCAAAAAAUGUGUCACCUUUUAUUCGAGCUUGUCGUUGGGGUUUAUUACUUACCGGUGUUGUCUACGGUCGAAGUCAUUAUAAAACAGUGAAAGCAAAAGAAGAAAAAGUACAUGAAAAAGAAAUUGAUAAAGCAACACAUCAUUAUAUACAAAAAUUAGGUGAAAAAAAAAUUAUGGGUGAACAAUCAAUGAUCGAAUUAGCACGUGCAGCCGGUGUUGAUCCAAAUCGUGCACAAGUUAAACAGCAAAUAAUUGACAAACAACAUAAUGAUGGUACAUUAGUAUCAGCAUCAUCGAAACAUUAG